CAAACAUAAUCAAAAUGAAAUUCAUCAUCUUAGCCCUUGCUCUCAUUGGUGCCGCUUCUGCUGGUUACAUCGCUCCAGCUUCUCCCCUUUUGGGAGGAUACGCUGCUCCUGCAAUUGCUUCUGCUCCACUUGCCUAUGCGGUUCCAGCUAUUGCCGCUGCUCCAGCGAUCGCCGCCGCUCCCGCAAUUGCUGCCGCUCCUUUAGCUUACUCAGCCCCAGCUUACGCAGGUUAUGGACUCGCUGCUGCACCUUUCGGUCUCUUGAAGAAGAAGGCUGCUGCUUAAGAUCUUGUCUCGUUUCUGUAAAGGAAUACGCAAAUAAGAAUAAAUGAAGCUAGUUGAAAAUUGA